UCAGCUGUCAUCCAUCUCCAUCUGUUUUCUAAAAUUCUAACCUCAAAAAGACUGUUUUUAGCGAUUUUUAACUUGUUUUAGUUUCAUCACACAAAUUGAAUUGACUAUUUAUAGGUACAUAUACUUCUGUUCUGUGCUAUAAUUCAUUCAAAUUGAGAACAUUUUACAAUAUUCUAAAGUUUCCAAACUUGGAAAAAGAAUACAACCAUACAACUUAUUAAUCUAAGCAUACAACAUACAACUGGAAUUUUCGGAUUUCCCUGCAAAGAUCCAAGAAGAUUUUGUGUACCUAUUCGGUUUAUUUACAGAGUCAUGUUUAAGUUUACUGGUACUUCUAAAGAAAAGUUUUUCUACCAUAACACCUUACUAUGUUUAGUAAAAUCAUUAGAAGGAAAAAAUAUAACACUAGAUCUUAGAAAUGAUUCAACUAUUUGUGGUCUUGUUACUGCAGUAGAUGGUUACAUGAAUAUUUCUUUAUCAAAUGCUGUUUUUGUCGACCCUCAAGAAAAUGAAUAUGCCUUUGAGACUUUAUUUGUUCAAGCUCGUAAUAUUAGAUAUGUGCAUAUUCCUGAGACUAUGCCUAUUAUACCGACAAUUAAUAAAGAACUGAGUAAAACUAGAAUGAAAGCUCCAGAAAAGAAACCCAUUGAAAAAUCAAGAAAAGCAAAGAAGGCACUGCAACGUCAUAUGGAAACAGUUGCUUUAUUAGAAUGAUAGUGGUAUUAUACUUUUUAGUACUUACAAUACUCUAUAAAAGCAGAAUUUGUAUGUAUGUUAAACAUGAUUGUUAGAGCAUUAAAACAAUAUUUUAUU